CGCAGACCACAAAUGAACAGCGUUAUGCAUAUCAGUAGAUUGCUUGAUUACUUGGCUAGCUAGUAGCUUGAGCCAUGGAUCAUGAGAACCGUCAGAUAAAAUUACUCUCGUCGAGUGAAUGUAGACUGCAGGCUUCAAAAAAUCUCCGGCUACUUUGCUGUAUGUGAUCCAAUCCAGUCGUGCCCAGUGCCACAAGCAAAAUAACUGAAUGAGAGUACUUGUGUGUCAUUCCUGAGCCAUCUAUUAGAUGAGGAAUUAAUGUUCUUAUUUAAAAACAUCACAUUUCUUUAUGCAAACUUAUUUUUGUGUCUUACAGUACUCACGAAUGACAAUGAAGUUGACCAGUGCAGUGAUAUUUUUAUAGUACCAUAGCACAUCGCCAUCGACAAAGUUCUGUACAACAAUAAACCCAAUGCAGAACCAAACAUUUUUUUCAGCCUACCUGUGUCAUUUCUCCAGUCUAUUAGAUGUGGCUUUAAUGUUGUGAUUUAAACAAAAAACACACUUAUUUAUGCAACCUUCUUUAUGUCUCAUUCUAAUGAAUGACACUGAAGUCGGCCAAUGUAUAAGGCAAUGCUGUGGCAUUUUUGUCAUACCAUAGCCUAUCAGCAUCGUCCAAAUUUUGCGUAAUAGUAAACGAUUUAUAGGUAUGUACAUCUGUGAGGACACCAACAGGACAUUUUUGUCUUCUCAAAGUGGCAAGAACUCUUCUUCCUUAAAAGGGCAAGAACAACUUCAGCUCUUCAAAUUCUGUUGUUAGUCAUGGAUAGAGGAGGGCACGAGCAUGACUUCCAUCCAAUAUAAAUGCUGUCAUGGAAUAAAUUGCUCAAAGCACAAAGGUAAUAUUUUUUUUACUUUUUACUUUUGGAUAACGGUUCUUUAUUCGGAUUGUAUUGCAUCAAAAAUGCUCUUAUUGUUUUUCUGACAAAACAACUUUUAGAUACAUCAUUCCUAGAAAUAGCACUCGGUGACCUUUUUGAGAAUUUUUGAGGUUUUGUGAUAACUGGUAGGAUUUUUUUUCUGAGGUCAUUUUUAGCCCUUUUGUCAGAUUCACUUGCCAGCUGAAAUGGUCACUUCAGGUGACCUUUUUGAGCAUUUUUGAGGUUUUGUGAUAAGCCUGUGGGAGGCUUUCAUUCUAAGGUCAUUUUUAGCCUGUUUGUCCAAUUCACUUGGCAGCUUAAAUUGUCACUUCAGGAUUUCCGCAAUCAGUCUGCCAUGUAAUGGACCUUGGAAAUGUGUCAUGUCAUGACCUUCAAUUACCCACUCACGCCUCUGGGACCCCUGAAUAGUUGUGGGAAGCGAUCACACACGAAAUGAACAAGCAACACACUGUUGAAAGUGGAGACAGCUGGCUAAAAAGUCCAUGGAAUCUAUUGGCCACUUGUACUAUGAUUACGAUCUUUCUACUGUUUAGCUCCCCAUCUCAUUUUUUCAUUCCUGAAGAGAAAGGGUAGGAUGUGGCAAACAAGUUGUUAACUGCAGCUCACAGAGCUUGGGGUAUCAAUAUGAUGGAUGUCAUACUGAGGCUGCUUGGAUCCAUCAAUGUAAACAGAAGAUUAUUCCAUUUUUUAUAAAGGCACAUCCCACCCUCAAAAAAGGCAUGCACAUGUACCAGUACUGUAGACGUAUCAACAGUUUAUACAGUGCACAGAAACAUGCCCCCUUCCUGGGUUUAUUUGAAUACCUCCAGCCCCGCCUACCCUUUGCUUUCCUUUCCCCAACUUCUUUGCUCCCCCCCAACCCCUUCUUUCUCUCAUGCAUGCUGUUGCGCUCUCUCGCUCUCUUUUUUUUCUUUUUUCUCUCGCUGUCCCCUUUUACACCCUCCUACUUUAGCAAGUCAGCCACGACUGACAGACUGUGGCAGUUCCUCACUCAACCCUCGAUACAGUCAUUUUCAUCUCUCGCUCUCUUUCUGUCUCGUGCUCACUCUUUCCCUCUCUCUCUCUCUCUCUCUCUCUCUCUGUCUCUCUCCCUCACCCCCUCGCUCACUCACUCUCUCACCCCCUCGCUCGCUCUCUCUUUUUUUCUCUUUCUCUCGUUCCACCUCCUGAAGUGAGCGCCACAUUAUUCAGCUGUGAUAAGUAGACUCUGGAUUAAUGUUCGUCAGCUGUUGUCAGCCCCAGUCACAGCAGCGUUUGCGGAAAAGCUAAACUCAGACCCAGUCCCUCCAUCCUGCUGGAGGCCUCACCAUGGAGGUGUUUUUCCGCCGGCACUUCCGCCGGAAGCCGGAUCCGUGCCGGUGCCGCCGGCCGAGCGCCGCCUUUACCGCCAGCAAGGCCCGGCGGCGUUCCAGCGUGGGCCUGCCCAGUGCUGUAUUGACCCAACGUCGCAGGUCCAGUGUGGGGCUGUCUGUACCUGGUGCCUUAUUAGUCCCACAACAACAACUGCAACAAGGCAACCAGUGGCCCUCUGGACUCACAUCAGCCUGCAAUAGUGGAAAGCUCCAGAAGAAACAGCAGCAGCACAUGGCGCGUAGGAGAUCCAGCGCUGCCAGCACCACCACCACCUGCCUCAGCCCCCGCUUCUCCGUGCGGAGACGGACGGCGGCCAAGCGGCGCACCAUCGGCACGCACCUGCUGGGGCCCUCCAUGCUGCUGGCCAGCCUGGUGCAGAUGACGGAGGCCAGGGCCGAGACAGGUGGCUCGCCGGGGGAAGUGGCGGAGGAGACGGAGGAGGGAUAUGAGGAUGAGGAGGUGGACGGUGAUGACGAUGACGAUGUCUCAUCUGGCUCAGGUUUUGAAUCCCAGGACAGCUGUGAGGAUGAUGAUGAUGAUGAUGAUGAUGAUGAUGAUGAUUUUGAGGCGGAGAUGGAGCAGGGUGAGCUGAGUGCGAGCCAGAGCUCUGCCUGGAGAGACUGGGACUUGUUGAGAGGCCUUGAGACGCCUACGAUGGAGGGCAUCCAUCCACGGGCCCUGAUACGCGCACCACGUUGCCUACGCCGCAACUCCUCCCACCUGCUACCGGCAGACGCUGUCUACCAGAGCAGGACGUCUUAUGGUCUUUACGGACGCUAUCGCCGGGCCAGCCAGGCCCGCCGGCCCUCUCUCACCCCCAACUCAGCUGGGCGCUGGCAGGGGAAGGCAGUGGGACUUGGGGCACCAAGGACUGGACGAAGGGGCUCUGCCUCUCUCCAGAAGAGAAACGACUGCCUGGCGUGCUGGAGGGACUCACUCAGCCAUCUCCAGAGCCCCUACUAUGACCCCCACGUGGAUACAUGGAGUGGGUUCCUCUCGAAAGCCAUCGCUAAAUCUGGCCUGCAGCAUCUGUCGACGCAGCCCUGUGCCUCGGCCUUGGCCAAGUGUGACCUGGACAGAGAGGUCCGCUGCAGCGCGGACUGGACUGAGAAUGCUGUGUACGGAGAGCACAUCUGGUUUGAGACGAAUGUGUCGGGGGACUUCUGUUAUGUCGGAGAACAGCACUGCCUUGCUAAGACACUGCAAAAAUCCGUCACACGAAAAAAGUGUGCGGCCUGCAAGAUAGUGGUUCACACCGUCUGCAUCGAGCAGCUGGAAAAGUUGUCACAAACGGAGGCUCAGAUGAAGGGCUGGCUGCUGGAUAAGCUGCCCGACCAUAAAGACCCAGCGUCCCGAAUUAAUUUUCGAUGUAAGCCAUCGUUCAGGGAAUCGGGAUCCAGAAAUAUUCGGGAACCACUCCGGCGCCGCAGGGCCAUCAAACGGCCCGGGGCGUCUUUGCCCAGGCAUGGUGGCGUGGCUAAGCCCAAGGCAACCGCAUUUGUAGCCUGUCGCAAGCCCUCUAUAGUGCGACACCACUGGGUCCACCGGCGGAGGCAGGAUGGGAAGUGUCGACAGUGUGGGAAGGGUUUCCAGCAGAAGUUUGCCUUUCAUAGCAAAGAGAUUGUAGCCAUCAGUUGUUCAUGGUGUAAACAGGCAUACCACAACAAAGUGACGUGCUUCAUGCUGCAGCAGAUCGAGGAGUGCUGUUCUCUGGGCGCUCACGCAGCAGUCAUAGUGCCACCCACGUGGAUCAUUCGCGUACGCAGACCUCAGUCAUCACUAAAAUCUAGUAAAAAGAAGAAACGGACCUCAUUCAAGCGCAAGUCCAGUAAGAAGGGAGCCGAGGAGGCGCGCUGGAAGCCUUUUAUUGUCAGGCCCAUCCCCUCCCAGCUAAUGAAGCCUGUGCUUGUGUUUGUGAACCCCAAGAGUGGGGGCAAUCAGGGAGCCAAAAUAAUUCAGUCUUUUAUGUGGUACCUCAAUCCAAGACAAGUAUUUGACCUCAGCCAAGGAGGGCCCAAAGAAGGCUUAGAAAUGUAUCGCAAAGUUCACAACCUGCGGAUAUUGGCAUGUGGAGGCGAUGGCACAGUAGGCUGGAUCCUCUCCACGUUGGACCAGCUGAAUCUGAAUCCUCAGCCGGCUGUGGCCGUCCUUCCUCUGGGCACUGGGAACGACCUGGCCAGGACACUUAACUGGGGAGGGGGCUACACAGAUGAACCUGUGUCAAAGAUCUUGUCUCAUGUUGAAGACGGGAACAUUGUCCAGCUGGACCGCUGGAACCUGGUUGUGGAGCCCAAUACUGAGGCCGCAGGAGAGGAGAAGGAUGACCAGCAGACAGAUAAACUACCAUUGGAUGUAUUCAACAACUACUUCAGUCUUGGCUUUGACGCUCAUGUGACACUAGAGUUCCAUGAAUCUCGAGAGGCCAACCCUGAGAAAUUUAACAGCCGUUUUCGUAACAAGAUGUUCUAUGCUGGGACUGCAUUUUCCGACUUCCUCAUGGGGAGUUCCAAAGACCUAGCCAAGCACAUAAAAGUUGUGUGCGAUGGCACUGAUCUUACCUCCAAGGUGCAGGAGUUAAAGCUGCAAUGCCUCGUGUUCCUGAACAUCCCAAGGUACUGCGCUGGCACGAUGCCCUGGGGGAAUCCAAGCGAGCACCAUGACUUUGAGCCGCAGCGACAUGAUGACGGCUGCAUCGAGGUGAUCGGCUUCACCAUGACCUCACUGGCCACGUUACAGGUGGGCGGGCAUGGUGAGCGGCUGAACCAGUGUCGCGAAGUCACCCUGACAACGUACAAGUCCAUCCCCAUGCAGGUGGACGGGGAGCCCUGCAAGCUGGCGCCCUCUAUCAUCCACAUCUCCCUCAGGAACCAGGCCAACAUGGUGCAGAAGACCAAGAGGAGGACCUCCAUACCUCUGCUCAACGACCAACAAGCUUUCCCAGAGAGAUUGAGGAUACGUGUGAAUCGCAUCAGCAUGCAUGACUAUGAGGCCUUGCAUUAUGACAAGGAGAAGCUAAAGGAGGCUUCCAUCCCCCUCGGGCUCAUCGUGGUCCCGGGAGAUAGUGACCUGGAAACAUGCCGAUCCCACAUCGAGAGGCUACAAGAGUGCAGUUUUCCUGAAACAAUAUUGGCCCCUUCGCUGAACAUCUGUGGAGCGGAGGGCGAUGGGAACAAAUCAAAGACCUUGUCCUCCCAAAGGCUUUCACCAAAGUGGUGCUUCCUGGACUCUACGACGGCAGAUCGCUUCUACAGAAUUGAUCGUGCCCAGGAGCACCUUAACUAUGUAACAGAGAUCUCUCAGGACGAGCUCUUCAUCCUGGACCCCGAGCUGGUUGUCACGGAGACGGUGAGCACGUCGCCGGGGGUGCCUGACCUGCUGGACUCUUCAGGGGAAUUCAGCGCUGCCUCGCACGAAUUUGCUUUCCCGCCAACGUCCUCCACCACCACCUCCACCUCUCCACCACCUUCUCCUGGCCACAGGCGAGUUCUCGAUCUUCAGCAGAGUUCUCAGAGGAAACGCAUCUCCAGCGACAGCUCGGUGGCAGACGCGCUCUCUCAUGGAGACCCUGCCAGGACCAACAAACCAGCACUUACCAGGGUGGGGGGUGUUCACCGAUCAAACACAACAGCAGCUGAUUUUAAACCAACAGUCAGAUCUGAGAAGAAUGCGCUGUGCGGCUCGGAUUCAGUCACAACGGAAGAGCUCAUUGAAUGUGUGAAGAGCAAAGACCACCAAAGGCUUAAAGAGCUUCAUAAACUGGGUGCCAGUCUAACGGUGCAGGAUUCCCAUGGGUGCACUUUGCUUCACCAUGCAGUGGAUGUGGGCAGCAAAGAGAUGGUGCGCUACAUUAUUGACAAUGCACCCGCCGAUAUCUUGGAUGUAUCAGAGAGAGAAAACGGGGAGACUGUUUUGCACAAAGCGGCGUCGCUGUGUCACCGCACCAUCUGCCACUUCCUGGUGGAAGCCGGAGCCUCCUUGAUGAAGACGGAUUUGCAGGGUGACACACCAAAGCACCGUGCGGAGAAAGCCAAGGACGCUGAGCUGGCAGCCUAUCUGGAGAACCGGCAGCACUACCAGAUGAUCCAACGAGAGGACCAAGAGACUGCAGUGUGAUAGAUAAAAAAAACACACAAACAAACAUGGCGGCCUUUUUUACUCUUCACUCUAAAGCCUCCUUUUACUCGUGCCAAAAACAAUACCUACCUAAACACACACACACACACACACACACAC